GAAGAAAUCAGAGAACCCAGACGGAUUUUUAAUCGAUGAUCGGUGUGUUUUCAGAUUGCCGCUGAAUGCCUUUCUCAUUGAGAACGUCCACGCCAUCCAGUCCUCAUGUAUCAGAAACCCAUUCCUCCCUGAUCCAACGAAUCCAGGCUCGACAUUCAGCAAUGGUAAACCAAUGCACCGAUAUCCAGCACUCUCUGGCAUUAUCCCAAGCCGUCUGUACUCGAAGCCAGCUUUCGCUCCUGCAUUCAUGUUCGCCGAAAAAGGAAAGCACGACUCACCCCCUUCCCCCACCGCAACCUCUCUCUCAAAGCCUCUCCUUUCCUCCCCUUUCUUCCAAAUAACAACACAGCAUCAACAAUAACAUUAAUACAAUCGUAUAGCUAUCUUGCAUCAAUACAAGUCCCAUCCCACACCACACAAACUCUCUGCCAGUAUCCCCAACUCCAACCCAGCACAGGCAGAAUCGCGAAAGAAUCUCCAAUGGCAGUCCGUAAGUCCACACGAUCUCUCCGGCCAUCAAGAAAAGCCCUAGAGUUAUCGCUUGCGCCGAGAUCGACACCGAGUCCAGUGCUCAUCAAACGCCCACGCGGACUCCAUCGUAUUCAUCCGCGCCUUCGCUCAGCCGACGAGGGCUGGACUUGUCCGAAGUUGGUGUUGAAGUCCAAGUCGCCGUGUGUUCAUGACGAGGACGAUAGGGGGGCGAAGAAGUUGGAAAGGAAGGAGACAUCGAAGGAUGAUGAGGCUGCAUACGAAGAAUUCAAGGCUUUUGUCCGCGGACUGGCAUACGGAAAAGGAGAAGAUAAGGAGAGGGCGAUGGCCAUACAAGCACUGUAUUCCGCGUGUAUAAGGAAGGGAUGGCCGGUCGUGUUGCGGUUGGAGGGUGUGCGGUUGAUGGGGGAUUGGGUGAAGAGCGUGGAGGAGAAAGGCGAGAAAGGGGCGUUUUGGAGGGAGAGGAGGGGCUUGGAGGUGCGGAGAAGAGAGAGGGAGGAGAUUGAGGGGAGCAAGGCUGAGCAGAGGGAGCAGAGGGAGAGGAGCAAAGCUGAAGAGAGCGAGGAGAGCGAUGUUGAUGAGGACGAACCUGAUGUUCGGAAAGAGAGAGAAAGAGAAAAGGAAAUGCAAGCGAGGAUACAGGCGAAGGUACAAGCUGAGGAGGCGCAGAAGAAGAAGAAAUUGACGAUAAAAGGGAAGGAGGGGAAGUAUCUUUUGGUUGAACAGCCUAGUAUGAAGGAGGAUGUUAAGCUUGGUCCCGUGACUGGCGCGAAAGGUCCGAAGGAUGUUCAGAUUGGAUCCGCGACCGGCGCGAAAAUAUAUAUCUUUCCUGGAAAGAACAUCAACCCCGAAGAAGGUAAGGAAUGGUUGAGCAGAAUGAGAGAUGGGGAGAAGUUUGUUCCAAAGGAGAGAGGCAUGGUUACCGAAUUGUUGGAUGGCGUGAACGCGCGGAAAAGAAAACGGGAAUACGCGAGAAAGCAGGAGGAGGGGGCGGGCAUUGGAGAGAUUGUUGUGGAUGGAGUGAAGAAAGUUAAGAGAAUUUUGCUGAAGACCGGCAGCGUGUUUGAGAAGGAGAGGGAGGAGUGUAUGUCGAAGGGACUAGAUUGGAGAACAAUGGAUUAG